AUGCGGGCGGGCCCGGUGCGCUCAGCCAUGAGCAGCGCUUCGCAGCCCCGCGGCCGGGUCUUGUUGCUCCCGGCCGUCCGGGGCGCCCCGGCCAAGCGCCUGCUGGAUGCGGACGACUCGGCGACCGUGGCGGCCAAGUGUCCGCGCCUCUCUGAAUGCCCGAGUCCCCCGGACUACCUCAGCCCCCCGGGCUCUCCCUGCAGUCCACAGCCUCCGCCCGCCGCUCCAGGGACCGGCUGCGGCUCCGGGAGCACUCCGGGGCCCAGCCGCAUCGCCGACUACCUGCUGCUGCCCUUGGCCGAGCGCGAGCAUGUGUCUCGGGCGCUGUGCAUCCACACCGGCCGCGAGCUACGUUGCAAGGUCUUUCCAAUUAAACACUACCAGGACAAAAUCAGGCCAUACAUCCAACUGCCAUCACACAGCAACAUCACCGGCAUCGUGGAAGUGAUCCUGGGGGACACCAAGGCCUACGUCUUCUUUGAGAAGGACUUUGGGGACAUGCACUCCUACGUGCGAAGCCGGAAGAGGCUGCGGGAAGAGGAGGCUGCGCGACUCUUCAAGCAGAUUGUCAGCGCUGUUGCCCACUGCCACCAGUCGGCCAUUGUACUGGGGGACCUGAAACUUAGGAAAUUCGUCUUUUCCACGGAGGAGAGAACCCAGCUCAGACUGGAAAGUCUAGAAGAUACACAUAUAAUUAAGGGAGAAGAUGACACUUUGUCCGACAAGCAUGGCUGCCCAGCCUACGUGAGCCCAGAGAUCCUAAACACAACCGGGACGUACUCGGGGAAGGCAGCAGACGUUUGGAGCCUCGGGGUGAUGCUUUAUACCCUUUUGGUUGGACGAUAUCCCUUUCAUGACUCAGACCCCAGUGCCCUUUUCUCCAAAAUCCGACGUGGACAGUUUUGCAUCCCCGACCACAUUUCCCCCAAAGCCAGGUGCCUCAUCCGCAGCCUCCUGAGACGAGAACCUAUGGAGAGACUCGCUGCCCCCGAGAUCUUACUCCAUCCCUGGUUUGAGUCUGCCUUGGAACAUGGAUAUGUCGACUCAGAAAUAGGAACUUCAGACCAGAUCGUCCCAGAGUACCAGGAGGACAGUGACAUUAGUUCCUUCUUCUGCUAA